GAGCCUGAGGUUCUUACAUCUCAUUGUUACGUCUGAGACUCAGACUGAUGUCAUAUGAUAUCAUGCCGUCAUUUUCUCCUCGGCGGACUCCAAUCUGAAUCUGCCAUUUUUGAGUGUCGAUGACGUAUAGUCGACGUUUAAUGAAUGGUGGUCAAUGUUGCCGCUGUACUGUUCAUAGGAUGGAGUCGUUGCUGAAGAAAGAACUUGGAACCACCAAAUUAAAACAGUUUGGUGGUUGUGGUGGAGGCUGCAUCAGUCGUGGAAAUGGUUAUGACACGGACCAGGGUAAAAUAUUUGCCAAGUUCAAUUCUGAAAGUGGGGCCAGAGUGAUGUUUGAUGGAGAAUUUGCAGGGUUGGAAACGAUAAGUGCGACACAGACAGUAAGGGUGCCUAAGCCAAUUAAGGUGUUUGAUGAUCCAUCAGGAGGAGCUGUGCUAGUCAUGGAAUAUCUUGAUAUACGGGGACUGAAUAAAUAUAAUGCAGAUUUAGGAGAAAAGUUGGCAAGACUGCACCUUCAUAAUGCUGAGAUGAAGAAAAAGGCAGAAGGGCAGGCAUCAUCUGUCCACAAAGAUGAUGUCCAGUACGUUGACAAAUUUGGUUUCCAUACAGCGACAUGUUGUGGAUACAUCCCACAAGACAAUUCAUGGCAAGACAACUGGGUUACAUUCUUUACAAAACAGAAGCUGCAGCAGCAAGUAGACCUGAUAUUGCAAAAGUCUGGUGAUCGAGAUGUUAAAGAAUGCUGGCCAAAACUAGUGAGAAAGAUUCCAGAGUAUUUCAAGGGUAUCGAAAACGAGAUUGUUCCUGCACUUCUGCAUGGUGAUCUAUGGGGUGGGAACGCGGCAGAGACCGAUGAAGGACCAGUUAUCUUUGACUGUGCUGCCUUUUAUGGGCAUUCAGAAUUUGAGUUGGGAAUCGCAACCAUGUUUGGAGGGUUCGGCAGAGAUUUCUUUGACAGUUACCACCAGAUGAUACCAGUCGCACCUGGUCAAAGAGAAAGAGUGAAGCUUUAUCAAUUAUUCCAUUAUCUAAAUCAUUGGAAUCAUUUUGGUUCUGGUUACAAGGGUUCAUCAAUGAGUAUUAUGAAGGAGCUUAGCAAAUGAGCAGGGAUGUCCUUCGAGUUGGUGCUAUUGAUAAGGGAUGAGCUGAAAGCUUGAACAAUUGAACCCUAUUGCUUCAUCAAAAAGUGAAAUAUCUGGGCUUGAACUAAAUUUUGAUGGAUUGAGAUGAGGGCUAAGUGUGCCUGUAAAUAUUGAUUUGGUCACUCUGAUAAUAUGUUAUGUAGAUGGAAUAUAUCAUUGUACGUGACUCAUCCUAUCAGAAAUGAUGUGUUUUCUAUUAAAAUAAAAUGACUUGCAAUUAUGCCUGUAUGUAUAUGUAAUGUAGAUUGGUUUGGUUACAAAUAUUUGCGCUUGUUACAUAAUCUAAUUUUGAUCAUGAUGGUGAUGAUUAAUCAUGCAUGUGGAUAAUUAAAAGGCUUUUUGAAAAUGUACAGGGGUGUAUAGUAUCCUCUCAUAGACAAAUAUAUGGAACAUACUGGUGUCUAUUUUAAAAAGGGCUUCCACAUCUGGUAAAUGUAUAUUUUUAUUUGGGGAAAGAUGCCUGUGUCUUAAAUAACACAAUCUUAACCCCCCCCCCCUGCCAACAUACAUUUUUGCGGGUUUCAAUGGGCAAAAGCUUGUUUGGGAAUAUGACAGAUGUAGUCUAAUGUAAUUUGACAGCCUGGUUACCUUCUGUUUAUUGGUUUCCUCAAAGUGCGGACAGCAAUUUGUCACAGGAUUGAAUAAAACAUACAAUUUUUUGGAA